UAUCAAUAAGAAUCGGCCAUCUCUAACAGUAGCAACGCAUUUUUCAGUCGCAUCGCCGAAAAUUCUGUCACAGCAUAGACACAAAAUGGCAAGUUUUUCGCCAAACCAAUUGCGCCAAUGCGCACGGUUUACGGGCACUGCCUGCACACCGGAAAAGGAGCAAAAGCUACGCGAACAAAUCCACAGCGAACUGGCAAAAAUCAAAUACUGCAGCAAUCCGACCUAUGCCUGCAGCUUAAUGCGCCUCGACGGCUACGAGUAUUGCAUUCGACACAUUCUGCGUGAUCCGCGCGCCAAUUAUCGCCAGUGCACCCAUGUGUUCCCCAAUGGACGCAAGUGCGCCAAUGCCGUUCCCAAAUUGGAUACCAAAAAGGAGCCGAUUCUCACCACACUCUGCUUCGAGCACAACCGUCAGACGCAGCUGCAAAAGACCCAUCUAUCAGUGGGUCGUCUGCGUAGUCGCGUCGAGACUAAUGAGACGCUCCUGAAUAGUCUGUCACAUCACGUGAAUGUCGAGGACAUCAAGCCGGAACUGCCCAAACCGGAGCCGGAUGAUGAUGAAAUCGAUGUGGUGUCGCCGCAUGUGACGCCUUUUGUCAAUCAGGAUCAUACGAAUUCCAUACCACAAGUUGUGGCUAGUGUGCGCAAGCGUUGUCGUAUUUUGGAUUAUGCCUCGGAUAGCUCCAGUAAUGAUGAGGAUCCGCCUUGCCUAAGGAAUACGGCAAAAGAUCUGGAGUUCUUUGAAUCCGACUAUGAGAGCGUCGAUUCCGAGGAGGACGAUCCGCUCAAGCAUGCCGGCGUCUAUACACGCGCAGAGGCUGUGCGUCUGUCUGAGCUGAAGCUGAUCAAGCUGCAAGGCUUGUACCGCGAUCAGAUUACACAUUUGCAGCAUGUCUUAAAGCAGCGACGGCGCAGCUAUUUGCAGGAUAUACGUCGCGAGCGCGAAACAUACUGCAGCAUUCAUGACCAGCUCAAGGAGACGCCGCACGAGCGCAAACUGUAUGAACAAUUGAAGGCGUUGAAUGGCUAUCAUCGCCGACAGGGCAUGGAGGCGGUGCUCUAUAAAAAGAUGAAAGAGAAACGGGCACGCGACACUGUGAUACCCGCCAAGGCCUCCAGUCAGCCGAAGUGCGUGUUUACCGAGGGCGGCGUCAAGUGUGGCGAACGCACGUUGCCCUGCUGCAAACAUUGUCGCAAGCACAUACUCGAGGAUAAGCGUCAGGUGUUGUAUCGUGCCUGCGGCGUCGAGCGCAGCGGUGUGGUGUGUCAAGAGCCAGUCGCCAGCAUACUCGAGGACUCGACAUGUGUGCUGCAUUUGAGCGUGGCGCCGGCCAAGCGCCAGUAUAUACAAAAGUUUUAUGAAGUGCCGAGCAUACCGUCGAUCGAAAGUAUAUUUGCGACUGGCGGCGGCGGCGGUGGCGGUGGCAGUGUGGAUACUUUUAUCGGUGACGGUGAACAAAUUGAUGAGUCUCUCGAUUCGGCGGGUACUCACAAUGAUCUAUUGGACUUAACAAGUGGUAUAUUCGAUUUUGAUCAUGAUACCGCCGAAGAUCUGGCUAAUUCAAUUGAUCAAAAUUAUGCCAUGUUACUUGAUAUGGACUGUAGUGAGCUGGGGCUGGGGCUCGAAGAUCCAUUUAUGACCGAUCGUAGCAUUAUUUUCGAAAAUCAAGAUCAAAUUUCCAAUCCAGAUGAAGCCACCUCAACCGAUGCUAUUUCGAAUGAAAACUCCAAUCCAAAUGCCAUGCAAAACGAUCAGAAUUUUGAAUUUAAUCAAACCGAGGGUGAUAUGUUGAAUAUUCUCGAAGGCAUUGAACAGCUGCCCUGGUUCGAUGCACUGCUCAACUAAUUGAAAUCAUUAACUGCAUAAAUGCGAAUCUGAGACAGAGGACGAAGAAUCGUCUUCCACAAACGUUAAGCGUGAGAUCAAGCAA